AUGGUACGUCCCCACCUGGAAUAUGGGAAUGUAAUCUGGGGCCCCCACUACUCCCUCGAUCAGCAGAAAGUAGAGGCAGUACAGAGAAGAGCUACAAAACUGGUUCCUGGGUUCUGGGAACUCCCCUACAGUGAAAGACUAAAAAGACUUAGACUACCGUCCUUGGGGUAUAGAAGAAGAAGGGGUGAUAUGAUUCAGGUUUUCAAGUUCCUGACUGGGCAGGAAAGAGUACAGUCAGACCGUUUCUUCGAGUUAGCUAAGGGAACAACAAGAGGCCACAACUUCAAGCUGAAGGUGCCACUGGCCAAGUCAAGAAGUAGACAACAUGUUUUCAGUGUGAGGGUCAUCAAAGACUGGAACUCGCUGCCGUCGACUGUAGUAUCCAGUGAUUCUGUCAACCAGUUCAAAACAAGAUUGGAUCGACACUGGGAGAACCUGAAGUACGAGGAAAGCGACUAG